AUGUCUUCUUCGUUACACGAGAUGGAUCCAGCAAAUGGUAACGGAACGGUCGGCAUGCCAGCAGGUGCUACGCAUUGGUACGGCAAAGAUAUGAAUGGCACAAAUCUACAGCGUCCUAGAAGGCUUUCGUUCAACGGAUCCGAUAUGGAGCUGUCCGACCUGAAAGGUGAUAUGAGUGAACAGAGAGCAAGGUCCGAUGAACAUAAAAAUGCCAUCGAUACGAAACAAACGCUAAUAUUGCUCGCCAUCGCCACAACGCUUGCAGUUUCCAUCAAAUAUCUACUUCCGUCCUUCGAUUUAGCAUCAUAUCGAUCGAUGGGAACCAGAGUUGCCGUAGUGGCAGACAAUGUGUGGCAAGAUUUCUUAGACCGCUGCACCCGCUUAAAGCCGCCAACAUUCUCGUGGAAUAUGGAGUAUGUUGUACAAUACAUCGCAAAUGCAUCCCACACACUGUAUGCGGUAGCUUUUGGGCUGCUGCUUUCGUCCUUCACCUGGUACAUCAUCUAUCUGGAUAGCAGCAUUCCAGGAGUGAAUCCACCGACUCCAUUCUCCGCUUCCAAGAAAACCUAUCGUGGUGGACCUACCAGUAAGGAACGGCGAUUUCACCUACCCUACGUAACGGCGUUGCUGAGUGGAGUGGUUGGAUUUUUAAUCGUUUUAUUCAUCAACGAGUAA